AUGAAGAUUCAGUCGCAUCUGAAGAGCGUGGAAGACGAAGACGACCUUAUUGUGUCAAUUCAAGAUAUUCCCAAGAUACAAGAUCUGUCAGAUGAUGAAAGUGGUCGAAAAGAGGUCGAAAAGGCUCUUGAUGUUCAACCAGAGAAGCAGUCUGGCAUUAGUGUCAGUACUCCAGAAUAUCCAGCACCAGAUACAGUCCGCCACGACUGGUUCCAAAUGGGCAAUAAAUGCGACGUUUCCAUUUUCAUAAAAAACUCCCCCAAAGAGGAUGUCACAGUAGAAUUCACGGAAUCAUCUGCAACUAUAAAAUUUCCGCUUGCUAGCGGCCAAUUGUACGAGUACAACAUCGGCCCAUUUUCACAUGAAAUCGAGCCAUCCAAGAGCACUUGCAAAGUGUUUAGUACCAAAAUUGAGCUUGGCAUCGUCAAGAAAGUCAACACAUCAUGGGCAACUCUUCUAAGCCCCGAAGGAGAGCGCCCUCUUAAUAACAAGGUGCCUCUUUCUUUGGAUGAGAUGAGGACGGCUCUAGAGAAGACAGCUAAAGACAGCAGCAAUUCAUCCUCUGAAGCCUCAACUACGAAUUCCACUCGACCGCUUGUACCAUCAUUUGAAAAGAACUGGGAAAAAAUGGCUGCAGAGGCUCUUGGAGAUGAAGAACAGCAACCGGAUGACUUUUUCAAGCAGCUUUACGGAAAUGCCGAUGACGACACUAGGAAAGCUAUGUUGAAGAGUUAUACCGAAAGUGGUGGUACUACACUUAGCACGAACUGGGAAGAUGUCAAAAAGGCACCAGUACCUGUAAGUCCUCCCAGUGGUAUGGAAGCUAAAAAGUUCUAG